CGAACAAGAAGAGUAUUUUCCUGGGUUCUUCCAGCUGUUCUGUUCAAUCCCGCCGUCAGUUCUGAGCAGGGAAGAGAGACUGUCAACACAAAUAAGGCAUUUUUCAAAGGCGUAAAUUAUGAGUUCCCAAAACAAUGCGACAUCUCAACCACAUGGCGAAAUGGAGAGCCCCACAGCUGGAGCAGAUGUGGCUGUUAUUGGAGGUGUGAUUGCUGCUGUGGUAUUUGUCCUCAUUUGCCUGCUGGUGGUGAUGGUCCGGUACAUGUACAGGCACAAGGGCACCUACCACACCAACGAGGCCAAAGGAACUGAGUUCGCCGAAAGCGCGGAUGCCGCUUUGAAAAAUGACCCCGCUCUCCAGGAAGCUGUGGAUGAGAGCAAAAAGGAAUAUUUCAUCUGAGAGGCAAGCAUUUAGAUGGAGACUUCCGCAAGGGAUUUAAUCAGAAAUAUAACAUCAACAGAAGUACUAAGAGAUGGAUAAUAUGAGGAUACAGGCGAACAUCCUAAUUGAAAAGUAUCUCUUUACUUUUUUUUGUCACUGGGUUGUUUCUUUUCCUCUAGCAGUGAAGAACUAAAUGCCAGAUACUUGCCUGUUGAUUUUAUUAGCAACACAGCUGGUCACAGUUGAAAUCAAUAUCAUAUAAGAAGAAACAAAAUAUCAGUAUGAGUGAUACACCAAAACCAGAUAAAGAUAGCAAAUGUCAAGCCUUGACAUUUGGUGAAAAUAGCAGAUGCCAAAUGAAAACAUCCUCUUAGAGUUAAUGAUGCAUCCUAUUCUGAUAUGAUGAAGAACUACCUGAAAUUGAAUUUCAAAUGGUAACAGAACAAACAUUAAACUAGAUAGAGG